ACAAGAAGAAGAAAAACAAGACGAAGAAGAAGCAGCAGCAGCCGCCGCCGCCGCCGCCGCAGCAGCGCUUGGCUCAAUAUUUCUUCCUAAUGCUUACUGAACAAACUAAAGCCUUUACACCGGACCUCAAUCACUACUCUUCGUGUCCGGCGAAUCUCGUCUCGGUGCACGUUGAAGCUUAGCUUAGCUUAUUUUAGCUUAGUUCAGCUUAGCUUGCUAGCCGCCUGCCAACAAAGAGACGCCUUUGUUCGCAACACAUCGCUGAGCAGAGAUCGAGCGUGAGUGUAAAGUGUUGCGGUCGUCGUGCGAACAUGUGCGCACAGAGUGCGAAAGGGGAAGAGUGCGAGAGGCAAAUUUGUCGGAGAGAAGAGAGCGACCGUCAGCUUCUGGACGCCGUUUGCGAGCUGCAACCUCGAGAUGCGUCCCAAAACGUCACUGAAGAAGAUCUUUGUCCUGAGCGGCAGGAACCAGAAUCUUCCCACAUUAAAGGGGAGGAGCCAGAGCUUCCUCCUCUCAAAAAGGAAGAGCAACCCAAGUCUCUUCACAUUAAAGAGGAAGAGGAGGAGGAGGAGAUCAUCAAGUUUCCAUUGACUGUCGUUGUCAAGAGUGAAGUAGGUGAUGGAGACCAUUGUGGAGGAUCUCAAUCACGCAGCCUCUUAGCUCCACUGUCAGAUAGUGACGACAUAACGUCGCACUCUUCUGACUAUGGUGAUGAUGAUGAUGAUGAACAACGACCUUUGAAAGGUGAUUUGACAUGCCCCACUGACAACAAAUGCAUCCACUGUUCUCACUGUGACAAAACAUUUUACAACAAGUCGUCAUUAAAAAAACACACAAGGACACACACUGGAGAAAAACCUUUUGCCUGCUUAGUUUGUGGUAAAAGGUUCUCAAAAAAGAUCAAUUUAACAACGCACACAAGAACGCACACAGGAGAAAAACCGUUUACCUGCUCGGUUUGUGGUAAAAGAUUCUCAAGAAAGGCAACUUUAACAAAACACACAGUAACACACACUGGAGAAAAACCUUUUUCUUGCGUAGUUUGUGGUAAAAGAUUCACUCAGAAUGUCGAUUUAAGAAUACACACAAGAACACACACUGGAGAAAAACCUUUUGACUGCUCAGUUUGCGGGAAAAGAUUUUCUUUUAAGGCAAAUUUAACGAUGCACACAAGAACACACACAGGGGAAAAACCUUUUUCCUGCUUAGUUUGUGGUAAAAGAUUCACCAAAAAGAUCAAUUUAACAAAACACACGAGAACACACACCGGGGAAAAACCUUUUGCCUGCUUAGCUUGUGAUAAAAGAUUCACUCAGAAUGCAGAUUUAAUAAUACACACAAGAACACACACUGGAGAAAAACCUUUUGCCUGCUUACUUUGUAGUAAAAGAUUCUCUUUCAAGUCAAGUUUAACAAUGCACACGAGAACACACACUGGUGAGAAACCUUUUGCCUGCUUAGUUUGUGGUCAAAGAUUUUCUGGAAAGAAACAUUUAACAAGACACACAAAAACACACAGUGGUGAGAAACCUUUUGCCUGCUCAGUUUGCGGUCAAAGAUUCUCUCGUAAGGAACGUUUAAUAUUACACACAAGAACACAUACUGGCGAGAAACCUUUUGCCUGCUCAAUUUGUGGCCAAAGAUUUACUCAAAAGAAACAUUUGACAAGACACACAAGAACACACACUGGUGAGAAACCAUUCAGUUGCAGCGUGUGUGAAAAAAGAUUCAAUGAAAAGUGUCAGGUGAAAAGACACAAGUGUGCUGGUGAGGCGGCAAAAUAAACCGUGAAGCAAC